AUGCCUAAUUGUUAUUCUUAUACUGUGACUAAUUCAGUAUUAUAUUUACCAGGAAAAGAGAAAAUGGAUCCUUUUUUGCAAGAGUAUUUACUCCGUCAAAGGGCUGCAGAAGCUGCAGAGGCUGCACGGAGAGAAAGAGAGAGAGGUGCGGUCAACAAUGCCUACUUCCGAGAUGAUGAUAUUGAUCAUGCCAACAGCAUCUACAUGGAUGAAGACGGUAAUACGUAUCGGUUUGGUAGAUAUGAUGAUGGAUCAUAUGGUAAUCCUUUGAGAGAUUCAUAUGCAGGUCCCUAUGCUUUAGGCCCUGGCACACGUUUAAGGAAUACCAGACCUUUGAUACUCGAUGACAGGUAUGGGGGUAGAGUGCCAUUUGCCGGUGUACAGGCCCCAGUUACAACGUAUGUGAGAACAAGUCCAUUAGCAGCGGGUACCAAUUGGGAUGGCGAUGAUGAUGGUGGUGUUCCCGCUGUAGCUGAAAUUCGGGAACCUACAGUUACUUCCCUACAGAAGCCGGUCUAUCAUCCAGAAAGGUCAGAUAGAUUGGAACGUUGUGAUGUCCCAAGAGUAUCCAAUGAGCCUACCAUGUUUGUUCUGGAUAGGUUUGGCAACUUGCGCCCUUACCGAGUUGAGAAACCUAAGAGGAAGGAGCUGGAUGCUAAUGAUUUGAUUAGGUUGCUAUUGGGUGGUAGAGAGCAUGAUACCCAUGAAGAUACAGAAGCCGAAGCAAGUGAAGAGUCAAUUGCAGAGAGGGAAAAGGAGGAGAAGGAACAACCAGAUCAGGAGGAAUUACGCUCUGAGACACCAUUAACUAGGAAAUCAUUAGCCAAUUUGUUAACAAAGUUAACCCAACCUAAUGAAGGCGAUGAGGAACAAGUUAACAGGGAUGAGUCAAAGGACGGUGAAGGUGCCAAUUUCUUGUCUGACUCAAACAAGUUACCUUUUAGUUCGUUCUACAACAUGAAUGCCCCAGAAAUUCCAAGGCCACAAUUUACCUUGAAGAAAUCUGCCCCAGUUGUACCGGUAUUAAAUGUCCACAAGUCUGCCGAGGAAAAGAAGAAUGACGAAAAGACCAAUACAGGCAAUGAAAAUAACAAGACUGAUGGCAGCAGCAACAAGCCAAGCAUCAUUGAAGAUGUAAAAGUCUCAGCACCACAAUUUGAAUCUAAGGAUAAGCCAUUCUCUCCUGAAUUGAACUUGUACGAGUUUAAGACCAAAUAUAUUGCAGUGUUGUCAUUACCGGGAGUUAGUAAGGAGUUUGUGGAAAUUGAUUAUCAUCCAACCACCAAUGAGUUAGUUGUUCACGGUGAAAUCAAGAACAAAUAUCUCAGUGAAGAUGAUGCAGUGGCCAAUUCUUUUGUUUUAAAACUCAGUGAACAAAGAUUUGGUAGUUUCAAGAGAAUCAUCAAAUUACCUUCGUAUCCAGGGGUGGACGAUUCACAGAUCAAGGCUAGGUUCAUCAAUGGUAUGUUAGAAAUCAAGAUACCUAAGUUAGACGAAUCACAAGUUAAAGCCAAGCCUAAAAAGAUUGUGUUAGAGGAUGUACCAGAUGAAGAAUUGGAGCGGGAGAGCCAGAGGUUUAAUCUAGUCAAGUGA